AUGAAGAACGAAGCAUUGUUUUGGGUGGCCCUCGCAGGGUCAGUCGCUUCUGCUGCUGUCCAUAUCAAUCACUCCUCUACCUCCGUCUCACUCAAGCCAUACUUCAACAACAAGGCGUUUGGUCAGUUCCCAGGGGAGGCUACCUUCAAUGCAGCGAACGAGUCCUAUCCCGACCCCAGCGAACUAGGGAUCAACGGGAGCUACACCUCAUCGCAGACAGGCAUCGCCUACUCUUUCCCCGGAUAUCGCCAGGCUGGUCUGCCCGACAAUGUCAUCUGCGCCGGCCAGUCCAUCGCAGUUCCCCAAGGUCGCUAUUUGUCUGCUUCGAUGCUCGUCUCGGCGGAUGUGGAGCUCGAAACCGUCUCCGGGGACGUGAUCUACACCUAUAGCGAUAACACCACUGUGGUGUCAGAGCUGCGUAGUCUCCCCUGGUGGGCCUUCUUGACGAUCAAUCGCGGCGAGAUCAUCUUCCCCUACCGAUACACACCCAACGACACCAAUUUCAACACCUCACACAUCUUCGAGUACACCGCCGCGCUGGACCCGCUCAAGAGCCUGCAGUCUGUCACCCUCCCCGUGACGACCAAUGCCACCACGGGCCGACUGCACGUUUUUGCACUCUCCUUGUGGCCAGUGACCUCGACGGCGGCUGCGCAGGUGCAGUUCGUGCGGCCCACCCAGAAAUGGACGGAGCAGGGCAACCAGAUUGUCGAGCUGACGGUCAACAAUCCGGGCAACGAAUGCAUCUCGGGCCCAGGACUGACAGCCACGCUUGAGAUGCCAGGCACUACGAUGGCUGAGCCCGGGUAUAUCAAGCGACUCUGCCCCGGUGAUCAGAAACGAGUCAACGUGGGCGUCCACGGCACCGCCAACGGCACGGCCACCAUCCAGAUCACCUACAGGGGUGAUAUUCUGACCACCCAGACCGUCGAUCUCUCCCUCGGAUUAACCAAGUACACCUCCGACCUGUCCAGCCUGGCCCACCACGAGAGUCCCGAGUGGUUCGACGACGCCAAGUUCGGGAUCUUCAUCCAUUGGGGCCCGUACGCGGUGCCGGGCUGGGGAAACUCGACUCCGUGGGAGAGUUACGCCGAAUGGCUCUGGUGGUACACGACGCACCCAGCCGCCGACAAAUCCUCCACGCAAGCCUACCGGCUGCGCACCUUCGGCCGCGACUGGAACUACGACGACUCCUUCGCCAACUUCACCGCCACCAAUUUCUCCCCCAAAGCCUGGGUCGACCUGAUCGCCGCCUCCGGGGCGAAAUACUUCGUGCUGACGACCAAGCACCACGACGGCUUCGCCCUCUUCGACACUGGCAACACCACGCACCGCAACAGCCUGCACUACGGCCCGCACCGCGAUCUGGUCGGCGAGCUCUUCACAGCCGCCGCCACCCACCAGCCGCACCUCAAACGCGGCACCUACUUCUCCCUACCCGAGUGGUUCAACCCGGACUUUGCGCCGUACGGCUUCGCCCAGCUGCCGGGGAACAGCUCGACGAGCUGGCCCGGCCUCCCGGCCGUGAACCCCUUCACGGGGGAGGUCGAGCCCUACACGGGACGGAUCCCGUUGCCCAACGUCACCACCACCACCAGCACCACCGACACCUUGUUGCCAAAAGUCCAGGAAGGCAACUUCAUCGACUCCCUCCUCCUCCCGCAGAUGCAGACCCUGGCCCACACCUACGGCACGGACAUCAUGUGGUGCGACUGCGGCGCCGCCAACGCGACCCCCGUCUUCGCCGCCGGCUUCUUCAACCAGGCCAAGCAGGUCGCCAUCAACUCCCGGUGCGGCAUCCCGCAGGCCGCCGACUUCGACACCCCGGAGUACGCCACCUUCAGCUCCGCCCAGCGCCGCAAGUGGGAGUCCAACAUGGGCAUGGACCCCUACAGCUACGGGUACAACCGCGCCACCCCGCCGGACGGGUACAUGAAUGCGUCGACCGUCGUGCGCGACCUCGUCGAUAUCGUGAGUAAGAAUGGGAAUUUCUUGUUGGAUGUCGGCCCCAGGGCGGAUGGGACGAUUGUCGAGGCCGAGGAGCGCAAUCUCAGGGAGGCCGGGCGGUGGAUUGCCGCGCAUGCGGAGGCGGUGUUUGCCACGAGGUAUUGGUUUGUCAUGGCGGAGGGGAAUGCCGGGGCCGUGAGGUUCACGCAGGCGGAGGACGCGUUUUAUGUGCUGUGGGUGGAGGAGCCGGUUCUGAGGGAGGGGAAGGUGGUGGUCGAGGCGCCGUUGCCUUUGCUGGGCGGGGAUCGGGUGGUGGCUUUGACGGGUGAUGACACGGCGGGGGAUUGGGAGGUGCAGUGGGAGAAGGUCGAAGGCGGGUUCAGGUUUGAUGUGCCGCUGGAGGCGUGGGAGGGGGAACAUUAUUGCUGGGUCUUGAAGAUUGAGUAUCGGGCGUGA